AUGUUCAGUUACCUCAAGAAGCUCGAAGACGAUAGCAGACAGCUUCAGGCUAUCACAACCCACAACCAUACCCCAGAAACCAACCCAACAUUCACUCCCUUCGAUGAUCAAGAGACCCAAAUCGAUGCCCCUCCCUCGCUUUCAAAAGAAGAGAGCAAUCUCUUCAACCCUCUCUUUGACCGACAACCCGAAAAGCCCAUCCAUGAACGAUCCUCAGAACCAGGAUUCAUUGGCGAAGCUUCAUGCGCUGCCUUCAGCAAUAGACUAUUAUCAUGUCUCGACGAUACCUAUACCCCAUCGACAGCUGCAAUGCGUCUCGCCCAAAGUCUCGGCAUGCAUAGGUCUGCAUCAAGACACACCACGCUUACUCCUGUUGAGCGAGAGAGCCGACGGCGAACGUGGUGGGUGCUUUACUUCUUCGACCGCUUCUCAGCAUCAAAGCUUGGCCAGCCCAUCACCGUUCGAGACGAUGAUAUUGAUGUUGAGAUGCCAAGCAUGGAUGGCCUGACAAAGGACGAGAUGGCGGAGUUUCUUGAUCCGCAGAAUCUCAUUACUAACAUCAAGCUUGCUAAGAUCAUUGGAAACAUCUUGACACAUAUUUAUGGCAUACCUAAAGCUACGAACGGUCUUUACAUACAUCAAGUCCACGGUAUCUUGAAACAACUUCGAGAAUGGCAUGACGAGCUACAACCGGAGUUGCGAGUAAAGGAGCGAGGUACUCCUCGGCCCGUAGCAAGUCUCCACCUUGCGUACAAUCAAUGCAUUAUACAAACAACUCGCCCUGUCCUCCUCCAUCUCUUCAAAACCCAGUUCCAACUAGGGAGUAAAGUGAGAGAAGAUGCAUCGCCGCGACAGAAUGUCUCUUCUAUCACUCUUGCUUUAGCAGAGAGCUGUGUAAAUGCUGCACAAGCGUCAAGUCGUAUCGUGGAAGGCCUGUUCUUAGAUGGCAGCAUCGCGACCUUUGGGUUUUGGGACGCACAUCACAUAUUCUCGGCAGCUAUGAUUCUUAUCAUGUCAGCAGUCAUGAAACCCACAGCUGUCAAUUCAGAUCAUCUAGAGACCUUACUAAGUGUCUUACGAUCUCUCAAGAACGAAGGAAACAUCCCGGCAGUCGACUUUUGCGAGAGACUAUCAGACAUCCAAGCCCGUGUGUUGAACCUACGGGCCACAGGCCGAUUAGAUGGCAUGAGCUUUGAUAGGCCACCCCCGAUUAUACAGACACCAAGUUCCCUGCCAAAGGAAGUCCCACAAGUUCAGGACCAACCUUUCCAAACACCAAUGAGUAUGGAAAAUGGAUCUGGAGUAUACGAGUCUGCAAUCGUUGGCUACGAGAACGUCGAUAUCCUGGGCAAUCCUCUUAUAGGUAGUUUCUUGGAUGGGAAUCAAGUGCAGUGGCUGGAUGUUUUAUUCACAGAGGAUGGAACGUUAAGGGAAUUUGCUUCUGAGAUUGAAGAGCCAUUUCUGUUCAGGUAG